AUGGCCACUAAGACUACAAGUGAUCGCUUUCUUGAUGCUAAUGAAGAACCUGUAGCAAACUCAAUAGCCAUAAAAAGUUAUGAAAAACAGGCAUUAGUACCAAUUGAAGAGGCUACCAAAACUUUAAAACAGAAACCUUGGCUGGAUUGUCGGUAUCAUGUUGGUGAUAAACAAUCGAUUAUGACUCCGGAAAAUCUACAAACUAUAAUGAAUGAUCCCCCCGUAGAUGUCGAUGAUGCUAUAUUAGAUCGUGUUCAAGGAUCUAUGGUUGGUAUGGCCUUGGGUGAUGCACUUGGUGCUCAUGUCGAAUUCCGCCCUCGACAAUAUCUUAUUGAGCAUCCAGUGCGAGACCUUGUAGCUGGAGGGACAUGGGGUCUGAAAAAAGGACAGGUAAUAUGA